UUAUAAAAGUGAGUCAUUUCCCUAAAAACAGGUCUAUAAAAAUUGAAAGCCUUCCCGAGGUCUAUUUCGGUGAACAAUUACGAUAACUUCUACGGUCAUAUGUGUGUUCACAUCUUCGUAGCUCAUAGAAGACAGAUAACCGCUUACCUCCACACACGACUCACAUGUGAUGACUCGUAUCUCGCACUACGCAUGUAAUGUGUCAUCAUUAAGUCUUAAAUUAAUCAGCAGCCUCAACAGAGAUCUAGUGUUUGUAUAGCUGUCAACUCAACUCAGUGUGCCAAGACCACACGUGGUAUUUUACAAUCAGACUUUAUUCUUCGUUUGACUGAUUAAAAAUUCAAUUUAAUCACUCAUAACCUAAUUAGUGCAGAUUACAGUGUAAUUAAUAAAAAUGAUGGGACUGCAAAAGUCAAAAUUCGUGAAAAUUUUGGUUGAAAUUUUGUGCCUCAUUAUUUUGGCUGCCUUAUUAAUACUGACGAAUUUUUACAUUGAUCCGCAUAACAGAGGAUUUUUCUGCAAUGACCAAACAAUAAUGUACCCACGUAUCAAAAAAGAAAUAAUAUCAAUUUUAACACUCGGAAUUAUUGCUCUAAUUAUUUUAUCUUUGAUUAUUAUCGGGGAAAUUUUUCACGCCCGAAAAACGCGGUCAUCUCAGCAAUUACUCACCUUCAAAGUGCCAAAUUGGAUUACAUUAAUUUACCACAAGGCUGGGACUUAUUUGAUCGGCGCAAUAACCACAGUGCUGAUCGGAGAUGUUAUUAAAUUAACCAUCGGGAGACUGAGGCCCCAUUUUUGGGACGUUUGUGUUCCAAAUAUCGACUGCAACCUGGCGACCAAUCUUAAUCGGUAUUUUGGUCCAGGAGAGUUCGCCUGUACGUCUAAUUUUACUGAAAAUGAUUUUAAGAAUGCCAGAUUAUCAUUUCCGUCGAGUCAUUCAUCGGUCGUCACUUAUUGCGGCGUUUACUUUAUUUGUUACCUACAAUUGAGAAUAACAUCCAGAAAUUUGAAAAUGCUGAAGUAUUUUCUCCAAUUCAUUAUUGUGUCGGUAAUUUGGUUUGUUUCGAUGACAAGGAUCUCUGACUAUUUUCACCACUGGAGUGAUGUUACCGUUGGAAUGAUGAUUGGACUAGUCAAUGCGUUAAUUACUGUAUUUUUAAUCGCUGACUUAUUCCACGAAUUUCAAGGAUACGAAAUCAAAAAUAACCGAAAUGACAAGACCACAAAAAUUGACAUUCAUGUCGCUAGUUAAUUAUAUGACAUUGUUACAUUGUAUAUAAUAUUUUUUUGUACAUAUAAUUAUAAAUAAAUUAAAUUAUUUAAAAUAAAAA